CAUGGCUAAUGAGGCUGAGGAAACUGUCCGUAAACUCUCAACGCAUAAAGGGGUUCUGGGUGUAAUCGUUGUGAACGGAGAAGGAAUACCAAUAAAAACCACUUUAGACAAUCACGUAUCAGUGCAGUACGCCGGUUUGAUGAGUGCUUUGGUCGACAAAGCCAAGUCCGUCGUAAGGGAUUUGGAUCCAACAAACGAUUUGACAUUCCUGCGUAUAAGAAGCAAGAAGAGCGAAGUAAUGGUAGCGCCAGAUAAAGAUUUCAUCCUAAUCGUAGUCCAAAGUCCUCUCGAGUGAUCUCGUUGGACUGUGUUGCAGUGUAUUUAAAUUUGAUCACGAGAUUUGUUAAUAAUCGAGAUUAAUAAAACAAAUUGUUUAGUCAA